AAUAUUUAUCGUUAACUACUUAUAAAAUUUCCAUUUGUUACAAAGUGUUCUGGAGACCGUUGUGCUCUGUCAGCCACAUUCAGAGGAAAACCAGCCAAACUCCGACGGUUGUCGACUCCAUCGUACGUGACUGCUGAUCCAGAAACUCCUUUUCGGUUCUACACUCAGUGGAUGUGGUAUCGGCAAGAGCGUGGUGGCAAAUACAUCCCCUUUUACCCUGGGAGCUUGCAGUACACUCUGGAGGAGAAGUACCUCAAGGGACAGCACAAGUACUACUUAGAGUUUGAAGAGCUUAGUGUGAUGGUGGACACUCACAGCUCACCCAUGACACAAACCAACCUCGAUACACAAGCAUCAACACGUAUCGUUCGGAGCCCAGUCUUUGUAUCCCACGAACAACCCGAUGCUCCGAGGAUAUCACCACUGUUGCUGCCCGAGGCACCCAAGCUACUGCUUCAUCGGGUGCCUGAGCACUGGACUGCAGUCGACCGCUUUCAGAACUUCGAGCUUGUUGAACUGAACUCAACUCACCCUGAGUACGUCAACGUUCACCGACAGUUUUUCUCGACGAUGGAUGUCAGCAAACACAAGAUUGUACACAUGUUCCGUGUACAGAACCCCGGGCUGUGGGAUAAAUAUUGCAGUGCUAGACGGGCCAUGACUCCAAAAGAUUGGUCACCAGAAGACGUGGACGAGCGUCAGUUGUUUCACGGAACGCCGACACUUCAGGCGUCCAGGGGCAUCUGUACCAACAGCUUCGACUUCCGCAGGUCUGGAGAAAAUGUAGGAGCUGUCUUGGGCAAGGGAGCUUACUUCUCCACCACAGCCUAAGUACAGCCAUAAGUUCACACGUGUUCACAUCCCAGCCAAAGGCGACCCCACGCGGUUCAUGUUUCUGGGAAGGAUCCUCGUAGGGCGGUACACUCUGGGUGAUCCUUCUUACACCAAGCCACCAGAGCGUGACCGGCUGAAAAUGUACGAUUCAUGCGUGAAUGAUUUGUCCAAUCCAUCCAUCUUUCGUCAUCUUUGACCUGGCACAAAGCUACCCGGAGUAUCUGAUCCAGUACACAGAUGUUUCUGACUUAGUUCAACCACGCACGAGCCCAGCAGUGUCAGUGCCACCCCAGCAGCAAACAUCCUCCUCAAGUAAAAGGGCAAAUAACCAAUCCUCAAACAUUUGUAUCAUUUUGUAAUUAGUCAAUCAUGAUAUCAAGAAAAGCUGUUUAAUAUCAAUACAAACGUUUUGGUCAGUGAUCUUUGAUACUCUCAUUUCAUUGGAGAUACCACGGAGACUAGUGGCAUAGAAGUUGGUAGUCUGGUGCAUUUAGUUAUGUAAUGCGUUAAUCUCAGUUCUUUUUAAUGUGUGUUACAUGAGUUUGUUUUUUUUUAACUUAUAAAAUUUAUUGAAAUAUAGUAGAGUAAUAACUUCUCUAGGAACUAAAAGAAAAAAUGUCUUGUUUUUAUUAGCUGCAUCCCCAGAGAUUAAAGCAGAUGUUAUGUGUGAAUGCUUAAAGGACGACUUGGGUGCACAAUUUUUUUCUUAUGUUAAGACAUUAUUUCUCCAAAUAUGGGUAGAUACCCAAAUUUUGUUCUCGAGAUACACUCCUACCAGCAUCACCAUCCAUAUUUCUUAGUGACUUAGUAAGUGGGACAGAAAAAUCUCUCAAUUUAAAUUUACACAAAAACUGUUGACGAAUUUAGUUUUUCUUUAGUGAUA